AUGCUGCUGCUGGCAGCGCUUGUGGCCACAGCCGCUUGGUCUUAUGGAUAUGCACAAAAAAUUCCCGUGCAGAGCCCUCUGUCAGUCACCAAGUCUAAAGGAAGUGUACACCUGAAAUGUCACUUGGAAAACAAUGAUUUUGAUAGCACCAUCAUACACUGGUAUCAACAGAAGGCGAAUAAAGCUCCAGAGAGGAUUCUCUACUUCUCACAGGGAAAAUCAGUAGAUGAGGGCUUCCAAGCGCACAGGUACAGGGUUGAAAAGCUUUCUAACCAGAAACUGUGUACUCUUACAAUAAACGAUAUAACUCCAGACGACACUGCUACCUACUACUGCGCCUACUGGUACAGUCACUAUUACAAAGUCUUUGGAACUGGCACAAAGCUUAUUGUUUCCGACAAAGGAACUUCACUGGCAAACGCUGAAAUCCUGCAGAAGAAACAUGAAAAUCAGAUAACAUAUGUUUGCCUUAUUGAGAAAUUCUACCCAGAAGUUAUUCGGGUGACAUGGAUCGAUGAAGAAAAUAAGGAGAUAACAGACAACGUAGUAAUAGGAGACACUUGGAAGGACACAAAAGAGGAUGCAUACUCAAUCGGCAGCUGGUUAACCGUACCAGCGGAGACCAAAGACAAGAAAUAUUACUGCAAAUAUGAGCAUGAAAACAAAGAGGAGUCACUGCCAACACAAGAUGCUGCAAGCACUGCUCCUCCAGAAGAGGACUGUAGCCCAUCGCCUGGAAACAGCACAGUUUUUAAUAGAGAUCACUUAAUGCACAGGACAGCAUAUUUAGUGUACAUCGUCCUUCUUCUGAAGAGCUCCAUGUAUUAUCUCAUCAUACUCUUCUUCAUGUACAGAAUGUGGGCUCCAACCAAGCACCAAGGAAAGAAAGCGUAA